CCAGGCUGCAGGACAAUCCCGUGACAGCCAAGCAAUCCAUUUCUGAAUAUGAUGGCCCUGACCCCCCUUCACAAAACAAGCACCCCUGAAUCUGCUCUGCUUUCCAUCAAAGAACUGGAAUAUAUCCUGGACAGCUGCAGGAUGGAAUUAAAAGAGGUAGACGAAGUAUGGCCCAAUCUUUAUAUCGGCAACAUUGUGACAGCCCAUGACAAGGAAGAAUUGAGAAGACUGGGCAUCAGCCACGUACUGAAUGCUGCACACGCUGCUUGGGGGAGCCGAGGAUGCCAAGCCUUCUAUGGCCAGGAAAUCCAUUACCACGGAAUAUCGGCAGAAGACGACCCUGACUUUGACCUUAGUGGACAUUUUCACCCUGCUUCAGAGUAUAUCCACAAAGCACUGAGUGCUCCCCAAGGAAAGAUUUUGGUUCACUGCAUUCUGGGUAAAAGCAGAUCAGCAGCCUUGGUGCUGGCUUAUCUCAUGAUCUACCAGAACUUCUCACUGAGGGAGGCUAUUGAAAGGGUUCUCCAACACAGAGCCAUUUCACCAAACCGAGGGUUCCUGAAACAGCUGCAAGAUCUAGAUCUGGAGUUGCUGUAUAAGAUAAGCCCAUGUCAACUUCUCUAAGCUGAAGCAAGAAAAAUGGAGGCAACCUCUGGAAAAUGGAGAAUUUCAAGAAUUUUUUUUGGACACAUUUGAAUGUAUUAUAGAGUUGCCAAGUUUGGCUUGGGAAAUCCCCUGAGAUUUGGGGGCAAAGCCUUGGAAGGGAAGAGUUUGGGGAGAGAAGGCAGGGAUGUGAUGCCAUAGACAACAACCUCCAAAACUGCCAUUUUCUCCAGGGAAACCGAUCCCCAUCAUCUGGAGAUCAGUUUUAAUUCUGGGAGAUUUCCAGGCACACCUGGAGUUUAGGAAUCUUAUAUCUAGCCUUUGAAAUCCUAUAAGAGAAGUUGGGAAUUUCUUCAUUAUUAAAGGAAGAUGGAAUGCUGGGCAUGAAAGAUUAAUAAUGUUACAACAGUAAUACUAAUAUGAAUACUACUACUAAAAUGACUACUACUAAGCCUUUUAUUGUGCUUUUAGGAUAUUCAGAUGUUUCACUUAGGCAGGUCAGUAUUCUUAAAACAACACUGAAGGUCAUUCUUGUUGACUUAUAAAUGAAUGUGAAGUUUAGGGUCAUUGACCAGCAUCCAAAGAUUAGAACUAGUUCCAUGAGCCCACAAAAACUACAGGUUUCUUUUUCUCUGAUAACAGCCAACCAUGUGAACAAAAAAUAAAUAUUUCCUGAGAAAGGGUGUGCCUUUCUUUUGAAACACAAAUCACUGUUAUCUUUAAUAAUGCAUGUACAUACUGCUCCAUUCUGUAGUCACUGUAUGCAUGUACAUACUGCUCCAUUCUGUAGUCACCGUAUGCAUGUACAUACUGCUCCAUUCUG